AUGGCUGGGCCGACCGUAUACACCGACGUCGCAGAGGAUUUCGAUUUCGCGUCAGGUGGCCAAUUAUUCGCUGGCAAGAAAUUCUGGGUUGCGCAGCGCGUAGCGUCGCGGAAACGGCUGCUGGACGACAUCAAAGCCAAUGGCGGAGAGAUCGUUGCAUUAGAGAAGAAGGCGGACUACCUGAUCGUCGACCACGCCCGGAGAGACUGUCCUCCCGGAUCAACAUCGUAUGAAUUCAUAGAAAAGUCCAUCAAGGAGGGAGAACUCCAAGAUCCCGAAGACUACACAGCCGGACCGCCGUUGGGUGAGGCGCGAGAAGCUGGUUCCAUCCACCAACCCACCAAGAGCGGAAGGACAUCGUACACAGCAGAGGAAGAUAGGAUACUCUCCAAAUGGGUACGCGACGCCCAGUCAAAAGGUGCUUCCGUCAGUGGGAACGAGCUAUACAAGCAGCUCGAAGCCAAGUACCCACGGCAUACAUGGCAGUCAUGGCGCGACCGAUGGGUCAAGACACUUAGCAAACGUCCGCUCUCGGCUUUCACGAUACCUGACAACGCUCCUCCGUCUCCUCCCUCCGACCAGUCGAACGAACGUAUGCCCCCAGUUCCAGCCCACUCCAAGCUUGCAGAACAGCAAAUACCUAAAACAGAACAGGCUCCGAGUGCGACGGCCCUCGAUAACAAGGGCAAAGCAAAAGCAAACCGCGACUAUAGUGUAGAAGAGUUAGAAGUCUUGUUCAGCACAGACGAUUGGCUGGAGUGCUAUGCUUUUGUAGAGAUCAUCGAUGGCGUCGAAGGACAAGACGAUUAUCUCUCUGCUUGGGAUGGGUGGGCUGAGAAUCAGGGAAACCAAGCUGCCGAGCAGUGGCGGCAGUAUUACGAGAAGGUAGUCCGUCCACAGUGGUUGCGCGAUCCGGUAUCGAAAAGGGAGAAGAUCAGGAAGAAGAUGGAAGAAAAGCACGAUGCCGCAAACGCAAGGCGGAGUCAGGCGCUCAGUCAGCAUCCAGCAGAGAUCGAGAAACCAGACGAAACACUGUCACAACCUUCUCCAACAACACGAAAUAGAGUGGAGCCGGUACAGCGGUCAGCCUCUGAGGGAGCGAACUCUGAGGAAUUACCGCAACCCCGAAACCCACCCAAAAUCGCGUCAGAGCCUAAGAUGCCGUCAUCAUCCACCGCUCGCCAAGAAUCUCCGAACUUUUAUGAUGAGCAGCUUGCCAGGUACACUAAGCGAUUACGCGAAGACAACUUUGUGAAGCAGGAAGAUGAGGAAGAACUCGCUCCUCCCACCAAACGUCGGAAGAGCGGAAGCGCGACGCCUAUCCAGGAAGAGCCAAUGCGACCGAUCAAAGCCGAGGGCACGCAGAACCAGCCUGUGGAGAUAUCUUCUGCUGCGAGUUCCCAGACUACUUCGACGUCAGAAGAUGCCGAAGAGCUUAUGCAAGAGCAAAUCCGGUCUCAAGAGCCCGAUACAGUGGAUGAAGAUGCCACCAUCGUCAACAUAGACGAAGAUCUAAAGGAAGAAGAGGUGGGAAGCAUAGAGUCAGAUGAUUUCCCUGACAUUGAUGAACUGCACCCACUCUCAUCACCGCCAGACCAAGACUCGGUAUCUGGCGAUGAUCUUCCCUCAAAUACACCUACACCGCGUGCCACCCGACAAAAGAUUUCUAAUUUCGACACUCAAGCCAUCCUAUCAUCGCCGACACAAGACACGUUCUCAAGACCACAAGACUUCGUCCCCAACAUGGCUCCUCGACAACCGCAGCGAUUCUCCUCACCCCCCGAACAACCAGCAUCUGACGCAUCAACCACCCAAUCCAUGGAAGAGUUCCGCCGCUCCCUCCAAGAAGAAGGGGAAGAAGACCCAGACCAAACCCUCUACUCGCAGCAUCCCCCUCAACCCCUCCUCAUCUCCUCAUCCCCAGCACCCUCCACCUCAUCAACAGGCGAAGAAGACCCCGACCCACCCCUCACCGGCGAUGAAAUCAUCGAUUUCUACACCGAGCUGAACGAGCAAAAAUGGUCCAAUGAGUUCAUUAGCAAAGCACUUAAACGCACAGGUCUACGUCCUGACCUAGCAGAAAAGGUACUGGAUGCGUGGAAGGUUGGCAAGCCUUUGCCGAUGGAAAGGGGUAUAUGGAGUAAAGAAGAUGACGAGGCUGUGGAGGGUGGUGAUGGGUAUCAGUUGGCAUUGUUGGAGAGGAAACAUACGUUGGAUGGGUGGGGUGGGAUUGUGGAACGGUUGAAGUUUUUGGACACGUAUCGGAGCCGGUAG